AUGCUUCAUGUAAUCGACAAGGGACCCCCCUCCCCUCAAGCAUUAAAAGCACUACCCGACGAAAGCAAAGCAUCCGAACCAAAUGAGUACUGUGCGCGAGACCGCUACGAGAAGUCCAUACCAGACAGCGAGCUAGACAACGAGCUAGAAGAUAAACCCGCAACAAAUAAGGAUGGGAUUCCAAACCGGAGAAUUGGAUUGGGCGUUGAUGUCGAUGACUUCGGUAUUGCUGCUAUUGGUGCUAUUAGGGACAGAGGGGGGUUGAAGAUGGAAAUUCUCACUCAUGGUUCUAGAUGGGCUUGA